ACUAGACCCAGCAUUUCUACCACCACUACUACUCCUACUACCACGCACCAACCCUUGUACAUUGCAACAACUGCUCUCUCACAUCGAACUAGCGUUUGCCAUGGAAAUUCCGGCGGAUCAAAUGCCCGAUGGCUGGACGAAUGACCCUAAAGAGCUCGAGGGAUAUUUCAGCCCCAAUUCGCAAGAGGUGGAAUUUGCGAGAGACCAUGGUCUAGGGGACGUCUCGCUACUGCUCGUCAACACACGCGAUACUGGGAAUCUCGGGUUUAUCAUCACAUCCGGGGGGCGUUAUUAUUGGGGUGAUUUCAUGAUUGAUUAUCUCUUUGAGAUCACCCAGCCAAAGACUUUCUCGGCGAUUCUAUGCCGUCUUGCCCAAGGGGGAAUUACGGCUUUGGGAAUGAAACGGAUGAAGCAGAUACCGCUCGAGGGAGAGAACAAGGACGUCUGAGUCGAUUGAGUCAGCGGGAUAGUCUUCCAGAAUGAAUCUACAUGGAUCAUCUCAUCGUCUUCACAGUCGACGGAAGACGAGCGAAGGUGGU